UGGCCCCGCCUCGAGCGCCUCGAGUUUGGAACCAAAUAUGUCUGGCGGAUACAACCUAAGAUCACCUUUCGGGGCCUUGUCACCUUACUAUCAUCGUGCCCCAAUCUCAGGAAGCUUGGUUUGGUGUUUGACGCCACACAGGUAGACCCGCCUAUGGCUGAAAAACAAGGACGUGGGGUUUGCAACACACAUAUCACCAUCUUUGACGUCGGGUGCUCUCCGUUCGAAAAACCACUGUCGGUCGCGGUUCCACUCUCGGCGAUCUUGCCG